AUGUCGGACGAGGAAGAAUACUAUGAAGACGGCGGAGAGGAUCAGGGAGGAAAUGAUUAUGAGUACGGAGGUGGCGGUGGCGGAUACGAUGACAAUCAAGGCUACGAAGAUCAGUACCAGGAUCAACAAGGACAAGAUCAGCAGUACGGAGGAGGCUAUGAGCAACAGCAGUAUGGCGGCGGUGGUGGUGGAUACGAUGAGUAUCAGCAACAGGAUUAUCAAGGUAUUUAUCAGCACCUCAAAAUUCUGGAAAUGUCGCUCUACCGCAAUCCCACGUGCAAACCCGGCACCGGCCGCGACCUUUAUCAAUUUAGCACUGAAUUCACGUGGAGAGCGGUUCUGAGAAACGAGUAAUUUAAGUUGCAGAUAACGACGAUUCGAAUCAGUAUGAAGAGGAGCCGGAAGAGUCGGGAGAGCAAGAAGACGAGAAAGAAGUCGAGCCGGAGCCAGAAGAGCAGGAGGAGUACCGUCAGAAUGAUUAUCCGGAGGACGAAGAGGAAGAGGAGGACGACGGAUACACCCAGGUGGCUGCCAACACCAACGCCGCCGCCGAUGGAGACAACGAGUCGCACGGACUGGGAUCGAUGAUCAAGGGAGCGAUGGACGGGUUCGGCGGCGGUGGAUUCGACGGAGUCGUCGGACAGAUCGGAAACAUCAUCAACCAGGAAGGCGGUGGCGCUGGCGGACUGACGAACGUCUUCUCGUCCGGAGGAAUGGAGGGACUCGUCGGAAACUUGAUUUCCUCGGCUUCUCACCAGUUCUUCGGCAUUAAUCCGUCAACCGGAGCCAUUAUUGGAGCCAUCGCCGGAAAUUUGAUCUUCCAUAUGGGCGGUCAAAAUAACUCGCUGAGCAGCAUUGGAAAAGUGAUUCUCGAUAACAUUAUCAGCGGAAAGUUCAAGAGAGACGUUCAACCGUUCAUUCCUGGAGGCGGAGCUGGAGGAGGGCAAUUCUCACAGCAAUUCCAGCCCAUCAACUUCCAGCAGGAACGUCAACGCUGUCUGGAUCAACGCAUUUUAUUCGAGGAUCCACAAUUUCCGGCGAAUGACUCGAGUCUCUACUAUAAAACACGGCCAGACGAGCCGAUUGUGUGGAAGCGUCCGGGAGAAAUCUACGAGAAUCCGCAGUUGAUAGUCGGCGAGAAAAGCAGAUUCGACGUGAAGCAGGGAGCUCUGGGUGACUGCUGGCUUCUGGCUGCCGUUGCCAAUCUGACCCUCCGCGAUGAGCUUUUCUAUCGCGUCGUAUCGCCCGAUCAAUCGUUUACCGAGAAUUACGCCGGAAUCUUCCACUUCCAAUUCUGGAGAUACGGACAAUGGGUCGACGUUGUCAUCGAUGAUCGUCUUCCGACUGUCGAUGGCAGACUGUGCUACAUGAGAUCCCACGAAAAUAACGAAUUCUGGAGUGCUCUUCUGGAGAAGGCUUAUGCCAAGUAAGGAAACGCUUGUUCUUUUCCAUGGAUUGCUCUGUUUUUUCAGAUUAUAUGGCGGCUAUGAGAACCUGGACGGAGGAACCACUGCCGAGGCUCUGGAGGACUUCACAGGCGGUCUCACCGAGUUUUUCGACCUGACCAAGGCCGACAAAGCGACAACUUUGGCAAUGCUGGUGCGUGGAAUGCAAAUGGGAUCGUUGUUCGGAUGCUCCAUAGACGCCGACGAAAAUGUGAAAGAAGCCCAGCUGACGAACGGUCUCGUCCGCGGCCACGCCUACAGUAUCACCGCCAUUCAGACUGUUAAUACGUAUUAUCAGGGCCAAGUACCUCUGCUUCGCAUUCGCAAUCCGUGGGGAAAUUCGAAGGAAUGGAACGGUGCGUGGAGUGACGGAAGUCGUGAAUGGGACGGAGUUGAUCCGGGACAGCGAGAGCAAAUGGGCGUGAACUUUGCAAAGGACGGAGAGUUCUGGAUGUCCUUCGAUGAUUUCCUGCAAGAGUUUACCCAGAUGGAAGUGUGUAAUCUGUCGGCCGAUGUUAUGGACGAAAUCUCCGAAAUGACUGGCGUGGAGGUGCACGAUAAGCAGAAGCAUCAGUGGGUGGAGAAGCAGCAGGACGGAGAGUGGAACAGCCGAACUGGAACAGCCGGAGGAUGCCAGAACAACGUCACUUACUGCAACAACCCGCAGUUCGGCACCUUCUUCCAAGUGCCUGCCGAUUCUGUGGAGAACGACGGAAAGUGCACUGUAAUCGCUGCCGUUCUCCAGAAGUACCGUCGUGAGAUGCGCUCCAGGAAUCUGGACAAUCUGGCCAUCGGGUUCUCAGUCUACCGAGCCGACGGCAGUGGACAGCCGAUGAACGAAGCUGUGGUGAGAAGCCAGAAGCCGAUCGCUCGCACCAAAGUGUUCAUUAACAUGCGAGAGGUGACCGUGAGAUUCCGCGUGCCUCCAGGAGCCUAUGUCAUUGUUCCGUGCACCUUUGAUGCCUACGACGACGCCGCCUUCCUGCUUCGUGUCUAUUCGAAUGCCAACUUUGAAACAACGUGAGGAAUUCAUUCAAAUUAUCAUGGAAACUUUUAACUUUCAGGCAACUUCGCUGA